UGCCUGGGUUUAGUCUUGGCCAUCGCUUGCCUGGCGACAGAAAGUGGGUAAAUCCGCCACCUCCCACCUACCCAGCCCCGCCUCUCCACUCACUGCCCCACUGUACACACUCUGCCAGGGAGGAUGGGCGCUCUGACAUCGAAUGGCACCAGCCUUUGGGCUAACGAGAGCCGGGCAGCUGCCUCCGAGCAUCCUUGGGCCAAUUACACCAACCAGUUCGUGCAGCCUUCCUGGAAGAUCAGCCUGUGGUCCCUCGCCUAUGGCUCGGUGGUGCUGGUGGCUGUGUUCGGGAACCUCAUCGUCAUCUGGAUCAUCUUAGCCCACAAGCGCAUGAGGACGGUCACCAACUAUUUCCUCGUCAACCUGGCCUUCUCGGACGCCUCCAUGGCCGCUUUCAACACUUUGGUCAAUUUCGUUUACGCCCUGCACAACGACUGGUAUUUCGGGGAGACUUACUGCCGUUUCCACAACUUCUUUCCCAUCGCUGCGAUGUUCGCCAGCAUCUACUCCAUGGCUGCUAUCGCUGUUGACAGGUACAUGGUCAUUAUACAUCCUUUACAGCCAAGACUAUCAUCAACUACAACCAAAGUCAUUAUUGUGAGCAUCUGGACCCUGGCUGUUAUUCUCGCAUUCCCUCAGUGCUACUAUUCAGAAAUCAAGCAUCAGCCAGGACGGGUCCUCUGCCUUUUAUAUUGGCCAGGAGAUUUCAUUUACCAAAUUGCCGUGCUCAUCCUGGUGUACCUGUUGCCAUUAGCUGUGAUGGCCAUUACAUACACCAUCGUGGGAUUCACGCUGUGGGGUGGGGAAAUUCCUGGUGACUCAUCAGAAAACUACCACGAGCAGCUCAAGGCCAAACGAAAGGUUGUUAAAAUGAUGAUUGUGGUCGUGUUUACCUUCACCAUUUGCUGGCUGCCAUACCACAUCUUCUUUCUUGUGACCAAACAGCAUCCACACAUCAACAGCUGGAAGCCCAUACAACAGGUUUAUUUAACAGUGUUCUUGCUGGCAAUGAGUUCCAACAUGCAUAACCCCAUCAUAUACUGUUGCCUAAACAGUCGAUUUCGAGCAGGGUUCAAGAGGGUUUUUCAAUGGUGCCCUUUCAUUGAAUUUUCCACUUACGACAAACUGGAACUGCAAUUGACCAGAUUUCAGCCCACUCGACAGAACAGCGCCUAUAUCAUCUCCCGCAUGGAAUCCAACAUGACGGUACAGUUUGACACAUCUGAGAAUGAUAGUGCAGAGGCUGGCAGUAAAAAGGGCACGACUUUACGGAAUACGAGUUUUAAUGAACGCUCUCAAAGUAACUCAAAGAACACUUCCAGGAGCUCAAGCUUCUUCAGUCAAGCAAACACGUCGUUGGACGAAUACUCAUAAAGCAGUAAAUUGUAUUCUUCCAUUAGUCGACUGGGCACGCUUAACUGGUGCGGUUCAACAUGGAAGCUGAUUCCUUUGUAUUAGGAUCAGGUGGAGGCAUUAUUAUGACACUUGACCAUGAAGUCAACACUGCUCCAACAAUGAAACUUGAAUCUAGGUUGAUGCUGCAUUGUCAGGAAUGCCAUCCUUUGAGUGAGAUAAUAGGUCUUCUUUUUAUGGGUUUUUUUUCAACCACAUGUAAGCAGAAUGUUCUGCUCCAUUCCUGCUGUAGAUUCUGAACCACUGCAUAUAGUGCUAGCCAGAGUUCCUCCCAGCUUCAGGCAAGAGCCUCCACAGAUUGGGCAGACUGAGUCCCUAGUGGUUGUAUAAGUUCCUACUGCACUGUUCAUAUUCCAAUAGGUUGUCAGUGUAUGUUUUGCCCAUUGCUUCGAGACAUAAGACAGCAUGGCCACUAGUCCUUAAAGGAAGCACUACAAAGCACUCAAAGACCACAUUAUUAAGUAGUCAAUGAGGUAAGGAGGUGAGGGGGGUAGGUAGAGUUGUGGAGGGAGGAAUGGCACAUUCACAAUGCCUGCUAGGCAUCUCACAGAUGUAAAAAUCAUCCCCAUUAAAGAGAAGCUGACUUCAUUGUUGAGGUGUUCCUCAAAUUUACCCACCCUAUGGGACCAGUUGAAGAUGAACAGAAAGUUGUCCUGGCCUCUCGCCAUUCCUCAGACAACAGCAAAUUGAUCAGAUUAGCUGAAUCUGGAAUUUUGUUGACUACAAUUUUGGAUGCCAUGCAUUCCAAAUAAUAGAGCAAUGACUGUAGUGUUGAAACUAUGGAAUUUAUUGGGACUUUCUGUGACUAUGAGAGGAGCAAUUGCACUGUAAGUUUGUUUGUUUCUUGUUCCUAUUAACAUGGGAAGCAGAGUCCAUGGUGUACCCAGCACCUUUUGUAAAUGCUCAGUAGCGUGUCUUUUUAUGUGCCAUUUUUGUGAAGUGUGUGAGUAUUGUUUUGUCAAAAUGGAAAUGGUCUGAGAUUUGAAACUGUAUCACUUUCAAUAAUCCCUCAAAGAUUCUAAAAAUGAAUGCAGGGAUAAAUGUUUACUACUGGGAAUGUGAGGGUUAAGGAAGACAUGCUGAUUAGAGCAGUUACAAAUUGCCUGCAAUUUUGUUUAUUGCAUUACCCAAACUUCUCAAAUAAUUACUAAGAAUCCACGGUAACUCCAGUUCAGCUUUCCAGAAUGCUAAAGGAAUAGGACCUUGAGCUAGAUUUUCGGCCUUGAGAUCCCCGAAUGCAUUAGCAGCAAGUUGUCAUCAAGAGCUUGAAGCUGAGUGGAGGCUGAAAUUAGAUUUUUAACACUCAUUUUUCCAUGGGACCUGGGGAGCCUAGGCAGGCCAGUGUUUGUUGCUCAUCCCUGUUCACCUUGAAACUGUAUGACCUGCGAGACAAUUUGAGAGGACAGUUAAGGGCCGACCACAUAGCUAUAAGGCUAGAUUUUGUUACACUGCUUCAUGGGAUGUGGGCAUCACUGGCUAGACAGGAUCUAGUGUCCAUCCCAGUUGCCCAGAGGGGAGUUAAGAGUCAACCACAUUUCUGUGGGUCUGGAGUCACAUGUAGUUCAAACCAGCUACGGGUGGUAGAUUUCCUUCCCUAAAGGAUACUAGUGAACCAGAUGGGUUUCCGUAGCAAUUGAUGAUAGUUUCAGAAGUCUCCAUCACUGACACUAGCUCCCACUUCCAGAUUUAUGUUGGAUGUGAUCCAAAACAAAAAAUGCCUGAGGACAGUACUGAAUCUAAAACAAUGGGAGGCUUGGAGAACAGCAGUAAAUCCAGUCUGUCCCUGUGAGAUAGUAUUCUGUAUGUUGCACUUAUCAGCUAGUUUCCAAUGGCAACUAUCACUGAUAGUAUCAAAACCGACAGUCACAUUUCUAAGAUACUGCUGAUCUCCACAGGAGAAAGCGAAAAGGCAUAUUAAUGUUACCUUUUGAAUGACAAUGCACAUCUUAGAUUCUAAAGGAUGACUGAAGUUUACUGGAUUCAUGAACGUUUAUCACAAAAUGAAGACAUUCACCUUUUCAUGGGCGGAUUUGUAUCCAAAAUUAAUUUAAAAUCUCCCAAAAGGUGACGAUGUUUCAAACUCGCUCUGAAAUGAAGGCUGCAGGAUGCAAGAUAUUUAGUUGGCUGUUCUUAGUAUAAGUGGUAGUGUAUCAGCAGUCACUUGUGUGAGUAAUUAUUCAGUAUCCCAGUGACAAGGAAGGACUGAGAAACUGUAAGAUAUAUUUUAAUGUCACCUAUAAAAUCAGAGUUCUAGUGCAACUGGUAUGAACAAAGGGUAACUUGCCACAUCUCUGGUUAGCAUCCAGCAGUCCUGUCUCUCAAUAUUGAUUCUAAUAAUCAUAUGUUGAUAGUCAAGACUGUGUUUGAUUCAUUAUGUGUGCAAGAUAUUAAGUACUGUGUGUAAACUGAGCAGACCCAUAUUAACAUAUCAAAACAGGUAAAUACUAUUCUGUACAGCUUCGUGUUGAUACUGAGGCUCACUUAGAACAGUGAUCCACAAUUAAGUUAUAAGCUGCAAAAAUUCUUUCAUUCCCAUUUAUCUCCUUGCCCAUGUGAUAUUUGAUUCAACCUGCCUGCGUAAGAUUUUGGAUAAAAACACAAAAAAAACUGCUGUGGUCCAGCAUUACCAUUCCUUUCCAAAGCCAGCAGCCGUUGCAUGUGUUGGCUUUCUCUUUUUUAAUCAAACUGCAAAUCACUGAAAAUGUUCAAGAUUUAAGACAUUUUACAGUAUUUGUCUUGGGGUGUGGGUGUAGCAAGGACAGUAUUAAUUUCCCCUACUUAGUUGCCUGAAAAGUUGGUGAUGAAUCACUUCCUUGAACUACUCAGUUAUAAGCAAUUUAUUACAACUGAGUAUCCUACUAACCAGUGCAGAGAGCAGUUAAGAAUGUGGAACUGGAGUUACGUGUAGGUCACACCAGAAAGGAUGACAGAUUUUACGUUUGUGAGCCAAUUGGGUUCCCACAACAGUCAAAUGCCUUCAUGUUUAAAUCCAGACUUUGAAAACAACCAUAAGAUUCAUAAACUGCAGUGACCAAAUUAGCAUUGGAUGCUCUGGAUUAACAAACAUACUGACAUAAUGCUAAACUAAAAUAUCCAGCAAUGCUUUUAAGGGGUAUGAAUUCCAUUCACUGCUGCAUCUGCAAUUGAGCAGCUUAAGUCUCAAAACACAUCAUGUGAUGAACUUCUCAGGAGUUAAUAAUGUCCUAAUUUGUUCUGAGAGCUGGUACAUGGGAUAUGUUGAAUUUAUCAAAAAGUACUGCAAGCAUGAAGACCAGCAAACAGCAAUUCUAAAACAGAUAAUUAGUUUAUUUCAAACACACACCCAAGGCUAUCUGGCUUCAUUAUGUUACCAAGGUGUUUGCUGAAGUCAGUCAUGACAAACAUACUAUGGGCAUAGUGAAAGCUUUGCUGGGGCCCCAAGAGUUUUUUUUAUUUAUUGCUGACAGGUGGGCCUUGUUGACAAGGCUAACAUUUAUUGGCCAUUCCUAGUUGCUCUUGAGAAGAUGGUGGUUAGACACGCCAGCUGCCUACAGUCUGUUUUGAGGUGCGAGGAAGGGAUUUUGAAGAAUUUGAUCCAGUGACAUGAAGGACAGUGAUGUAGCUCCAACUCAGGAUGGCUUGUGACUUGGAGGGAACUCGUAGAUGGUGCUGUUUCUAUGGACAUGCUGCCCCUGUUGCUACAGAAGAAGUCUUGGUAAACUUCUACAUUGUAUCUUGACAAUGGUACAUAGUGCGACCAUGCCUUCCUUGUGGUCACCAAUUCUUACUGGGGCUCCAUGAAGCCAUACUCAGGCAAAUGCUACCUUGGGGUCACCUCACACCCGAAGUUCAGCUGUUCUGCUCAUGUUUGAAUCAAGGCUAUAUGAGGUCAGGAAUCAAGCGAUCCCAACAGGAUCUAAACUGAACAUCAGUGAUCAAUUUAUUGGAAGUGUUACUUGAUAGCAUGGUUGAUGGCAUGUUCCAUAGCUUUCGUUAUAUUAGUGAAUAGACUGAUUUGGCAGUAUUUUGACAAAUUAGAUCUUUCCUAUUUCUAUUAACAGACCUUAUGUGGACAUUUUGUACUUUUCUUAUGUAGAUGCCAUUGUGCUGAACUGUCCUGAAGCAGCUCAGAAGAAUGGUCACUGGACUGGAAAUGUUAACUCUGAUUUCUUUUUUCCCCAAAGAUGCUGUCAGACCUGCUGAGCUUUUCCAGCGACUUCUGUUUUUGUCCUGAAGCAGCCUGGCUAGGAGCUUGGAUAUUUCUGAAGUAUGUCCCCAGCACAGUAGCUGGAAUGUUAUCUGGGCUCAGUUAUGGAAUCCCUACAGUGUAGA